CAUAAAGAUCUGAAAGCGGCGUUACGUAUUUGGGAUCGAAAGUAAAUUAUGUAUCGUUCGGUCACAAAAUGCAUAAAAUUUCCAUUUAAAAGCUUACAUACGUUUAUGAUAGUGGAUUUUUAAUGAAGUAAAGGCCACAUCUUUCAAAUUACAGAUUAUGAAACUGAAAAAGCGACAAGAAAGUAGCCGUUCCAGAGAGUUCCUUUAAAAAUCUGUUUGACAAGCGAGAUCUCCUUUCUGUUGCCAUCAUAAACACCCGUGGGGCAAGUGUUGAAUACAGUGGGGGAGUGUGAAGGUAAGGCCGUAUGUCUCCGGCUUCUUGGCACUGCUGUGCGAAGUGUACUAUGCGCUGGGAAAUUGUGCUGUCUUAAGCGCUACGACAGCGAAUUGUUCGCAGCGCUGUCGGAAUGUUGAGUAUACUGUUCGUUGGCGAGGACCUGCAGUUAUAAAUUGUCUUCACUUGCGGUGGAGCAGAUAAAGACGGAUGAUGAAAGGAGAAAUGUCUGUGUUUUUCUAUUGUAAUUUGUUAAUUUUUACCUUAUUUACGACGUGUAGCCCUUCUCCAGCUUCGCCUCACAUUCAUGCGCACAAUCGUGGCCAAGAAAGAGAGGAGGAUGGCGGUUAUGUUCCUAGAGAUGCUCAACAUUAUGCUGGAGGCGAACAUCAUUCGGAAUUUGACCAUGUAGCUAUCCUAGGCAGUGUAAAGGAAGCGGAGGCAUUUGAUCAGCUGGAACCAGAGGAAGCCAAACGAAGGUUACGGAUAUUGCUCACCAAAAUGGAUUUGAAUAAUGAUCAGAUGAUUGACAGAAAUGAGUUACAUGCUUGGAUAAUACGUUCAUUCAAAAUGCUAUCAGAGGAAGAUGCAAAUGACCGUUUUGAAGAUGCUGAUGAAAAUGAGGAUGGGAAGGUGACAUGGGCAGAAUAUGCUGCUGACUCAUUUGGACUGGGUGCUAAUGAAGAUGAUGAUGUUUCCAAUGAUAGCAAUGACAGUGAUGCAAAGAUAAUAAAGGAGGAUAAGAUGAUUUUUGAAGCUGCAGAUAAAAACAAAGAUGGAGCUUUAGACAAAUCAGAGUUUGUAAGGUUCAGCCAUCCUGAAGAUCAUCCUGAUAUGUUACCACUCAUAUUGAAACAAACAUUGAGUGAAAAGGAUACAGAUGGUGAUGGCUUCAUAGACUUCAAAGAGUUUGUUGGCGAAAAAGCUCGGCAUGAAGACAAGGAGUGGCUUAUGGUAGAGAAAGAAAAAUUUGAUCAUGACUAUGACAAAGAUUCUGAUGGAAAACUUAACUCUGCUGAAAUUCUCUCUUGGGUUGUUCCCAGCGAUGAGGAGAUAGCAGAAGAUGAAGUUUCCCAUCUGUUUGCUGAGUCUGAUGACAAUGAGGAUGGUAUUUUAUCAUUUGAUGAAGUAAUUAACCACCAUGAAACAUUUGUUGGUAGUGAAGUUACUGAUUACGGUGAUCACCUGCAUAACAUUCAUGUCUUUCAAGAUGAACUGUGAUCUUCCUGGUUUGUGCCACAAUAAUAUUUAUUCUUAGUAUUUAUUGUUUUUUUUAAUGUGUGUAAAGAAAUGAGUGACAGAGUGGA